AUGCCUCGAGCGACUUCCGACCGGUUCAGCAGGGCGCACCAGCCUUCAGCUAAGCCCAAAGCUUCCUCCGAGUCGAACACUUCGGGUUCAGGCGUACAUAACCCUAUAUUCAAUACAGAGCGGUUCGGCCAGCAUAUCUUAAAAAAUCCACAGACGGCUCAAUCCAUAGUUGAUACGGCAAAUUUACGACCUACGGACAAAGUACUAGAAGUUGGUCCGGGUACAGGAAAUUUGACAGUGCGGAUACUGGAAAAAGCGAAGCAUGUCACUGCAGUCGAGAUGGAUCCGCGGAUGGCUGCCGAGCUCACGAAGCGAGUACAGGGAAAACCUGAGCAACGCAAGUUGGAAAUCAUGAUCGGGGACUUUGUCAAAGCGACACUGCCGUAUUUCGAUGUGUGCAUAUCAAACACCCCAUACCAAAUAUCAUCGCCGCUCGUAUUCCGCCUGCUCUCACACCGUCCACUAUUUCGCACAGCCAUUCUCAUGUUCCAGCGCGAAUUCGCCCUUCGACUCGUCGCGCGGCCAGGGACGGAACUUUGGUCACGAUUAUCUGCGAACGUGCAAUUAUACGCGAAGGUGGACCUUGUCAUGAACGUCAGCAAGAACAACUUCCGCCCACCGCCGAAGGUGGAGAGCAGCGUUAUCCGAUUAGUUCCCCGCGAUCCUCCACCACCGGUCGAGUUUGGGGAGUUUGAUGGACUGCUGAGGAUUGUCUUCGGGAGGAAGAACAAAACGGUGCAUGCCAAUUUCCAGGCGAAGGGCGUGACAGAAAUGCUAGAGAGUAAUUGGCGUACAUGGGCUUCGGUGAAUAAUGUGAUGAUCGAGGAUGGAAUGAAUAUGAAGAAGAAAGUUGAAGAAGUUCUUCAGGAGACAGGCUUUUCGGAGAGUCGGCCGGCAAAGAUGGACAUCGACGACCUUCUCAAGUUGCUGUCCGCUUUCCAUGACGUUGGUAUACACUUCGCGUAA